UCAUGCUACUCUUAGGUUUCAUUUUUUCUCUUUUUAAAAAAUUUAGUUUAAAUAUCUAUUACUUCUUGCUUAGUAGAAGCUUGGAAACAGGAUCUGGAUGAAUCCCAGAGGUAUCUGAGAGGAACUCAAGAAUGUUAAGUUAAUGUCCCUGGCUUUUUUCUUCUCCUGCAUGGUGAAGAAGGGGGAUGUGGCUUGACCAUUGUUCUGGAAAGUUGAGGGUAAAGAGUAUUGUUAGCAAGCUGCUAUUUAGGACUAUGUGGUCCAGACAGUGCCAUUUACUAGUUCUAGUCCUUGCAGCUCUCAGAGAAUUUAAAUUAAAAACCCAGUCACAUGUUGACCACAUUCAACUCUGUAAAAUGGGGUGGAAUCAGAAAUAACUAGUUUCCUGAUGUUUCAUUCUUUAUUUACUGUGUCCUUAAGAAGGUAUACAAGCAUAUCUUCUUUCUCCAAACAAUUGCAACUGCAAUUCAGAUGCUGUGUGAAUGUCAAAUGGCCCAUUCAGUCACAGCAGGGCAAUGGUCAUGUGCUUUAAAAUCAUGUAUAUGCACAGAAGUUUGUGAGACUGAGGCUGUAUUAUCACAUAAUGUUGCUCAAGUUACGGCGACUAAAUGUGGCCAGUCGCUGCAGAUGAAGCCAAGCUUUGUUUCUGUGUUCAUGAGUGAUUCUGCUGGGUAUGUGAUUUAAAACAUGGUUGUUGAAGUAAGGAUUCUUGUUCUUUCCAGAGGGGAAGGCUCUUGGGCACAAGCCCGCAGGAUUACUGGGAUGCCAACCUCCCACACAGGUUCCCAUCUUUUCCUGAGUUAAACUGGGAUCUGGGACUUUGUUGUUUCUGUACUCCUUGUUAAUGUUCUGUAUGUUGUAUGUCCUUUCAUAACCUGCCUUGCUUAUUAGUACUUACUUAAAUGCAGUGGGGUUGAGUGGCAACACAGGGAUUUUCUGUAAGAUUGUGUUGGAAGGCACAGGUAAACUGUGCUAGGGUCCCCAAAAAUGGACAUAGAAGAGCACUGGGAGAGGCUGAGAUUCUUCAGAUCUUCCCAGGUGUGUGCCUCUGUCCCCACUGUGCCUGCUCAGAGAGGGCCAAAUUCAGUUUCCAGAUGACAGCUUCAAACAUGAAACAGUGCCUCUUACCCUACUCAGUCCAGCUGGGAUUUCUGUGAAGUUGGUGGUCGGUUUGCGCAAGGAUAGAGCUGGAGUUGGGUGGUGUAAAUUCUUAAUUGCUGUCACUAAUACUGUGGUUGCAUUGCUGAGAAACAAAGGAGAAAAUGUGCCUUUAGAGCUGUGUUUUUUCCCUUGUUUCUCUUUUACUCUGUCCCCACUGGAAAUGUUUUGCUCCUUUCUCCUAGUGUUUCCCUGCAGCUCCUUGCCACCCGUCUGUCCCCUUGCCACCUACAAGCUUUUCUGUCCUGGUUUCUCCAGCCUUGGUUUGGUCAGCAGUAAAGAGAUAGUGCCAGUACUUAAAUAUGACAUCAUUUGGGUCGGGUUGAUACUGUGGUUAGAUUAAUAAAAGCUGUGGGGAGGUGGUGUGUUCCUGAGCUGUUAUUCCAGGCCACUGAAGACCUCAGCUAGUGGUGCUUGCCAAAAGCUCACAAGAAUGGAGAGGAGGGCACAUGCAUCUCUGUAACUUAAAAUGUGGAUGGUGUAAGAGCUGAGUAAGCCAUACAGGGAUGAUAUCUUUUUAGAGUGAAGUUGUUAAGCAUGUAUGUCAUUAGGAGGCAUGUUUAUUUAAAAUAAUGCAACUAAAUGUUACAUUAAUUAGAUCCUUGAUUAAGUAGAGGCAGAAGGCAGUUAUGAUAGCAACCCUUUUUAUCCUGUCAGUCUAUUUCAUUACAACCUCCUCUUCUGGUUUGCAUUUGUGCAUAUCCUGCAUCCUUCUGCCUCAGUAAGGUAUUUCUUAGCUCACCAUUUUGCUGAAAUCAGUCUCAACCUUUAAAAAAAAAAAGUGCAGUGCUGUUUUCAUGUAGCAGGAUUUGGUCAAUUUGUGUUAAUGACUGAUCAAAAGGACUGCUUGAAUUCUUCUUCCCCCUUGCCCCUCACCAAAUGCAAGGUUUCACGUUAAGAUUUGGAAGUGAGAGGUGUAGAAAAUCCUACUUUUUAAACUAAUGGAAAUCAACGCUUCUGUUCAAUAGGUAUUUAAUAGUGUAAAAAUGUAAAUUCGGUUUUAGUAGAAUGGCAAAAUGGUGGUUUGUGUUGUCUUUGGAGACUUCAGAGCUGCCCCUUAUUUUCAUCCUCUUCAGUGGAGAAAUGAAAAGGCCUGUGUGCACUUCACAGGAAAUGAAUGUCUGAUACAGGCUUGCAGGCUGCACAUUUCCAAGAACCACUCUCAAGGUAUUUUGAUAAUGCACAUUCUCUCUGCCUUCUCUCUUCCUGCUCCUCCUGCACUUUGUGUGCUUCUGCUUGUUUGCAAACCCAUGCAAAGUUGAGGGGAAGAAUCGAACGGUGCCGCUAUUAAGUUUGCAGAUGGCUUCUUUGCUUACAGCUUUAUACUGGAGCAGUGGCUGACAAAAUUGGGUUAAACUGGAAGCAUUCAGUUGCCUUUGUUGCAGAAGGCUUUUGUCCUUUCCCUCACUCCCUGCAAGUGCUGAAGAAAAAAUUUGACUUCAGAUUGUGACUUGUGCAACAAGGGAGUUUUUUGUGUGUAUGUGAUUCUGCAGUUCAGAAACAGUUUGGAUCUACUUUCAUACUUCCUCAGUAGCAAAGUUUAUUUGGAAACUUAGGCUAAAGCUAAGAAAAUUUCUAUGACUUUUAGCAGUUUAGGAAAAUGCGAGAGAUCUGCAGUCUGAACUUUGUAGCUAGGCUUCUGCACAUCCUGCUGAAGAUGCCUUGCUGAAGCUAAGGGGGUUCAGUGUAAGUUUGCCUCAGUUGGCACACUAGUGGUGAUGAGCACAGGUUUGAUUGUGCAGGAGUGGUUUGUUUAUGCUUUUUGACAGACCAACAGCAUUGUUCUUUAUCCAUAUUUUAGUUCUUCCUUGUUUUCUGGUGAGAUUUUUUGGCGUGGAAGGAUGGAAGUCAGACCUGUAGGAAUAUUUACUGCUUUAGUAGUAAACACUUGAAACCUGCUAUUUGUGUACAGUGCACACUGAUAUUCAAGUCAGCACAUCGAAAGAAAAGGUGCUGUUCUUUUUAGUCAUUAAAGAAUGAGAAAAACAUGGACAGAGCUAUUUUAACUCUGCAGCAGGUCCAUAGCUGAUUCCUCAUAUUGACUUCUUAUACCCUUUUUUACUACUUCAGUUUUGCACAAAGGGCAUUUAUGCCUUGUGCUGGGCUUCUCUUAGUGUUAUGUCAGGUUUAAAUGGUUAAGAGGUGUCUUAAAAAAGUGUUGAUAAAAAACCCAGCCCUUUGCUGCUGGAUUCCUCUGCCUAAGGUCUGCUAAAGCAUGACAUGACAGAAACAAAGCAAAGACAUUUGAGAGAGAAGAGAAAUGAGAUUCCUCACAUCAGUUCUCUCACUUUCCCCACUCUAUAUGAUUGGCGUUUUUCCUUUUAUGAGUUUUAAAAUUACUUACUUUUCAAUCUUGGUCACCUUUGAACUUCCUCUCAUCUGGUUUUCUGAAAAAAUACAAAAAGAAUGUCCUCAUUGUACUGUAUCUUUCUCUGGCAUCCUCUUGUGUAUAUACCUGCUCUCUAAACUGAACAUGAAAUGUCUCCAGUCUCUCUCUGUACAGUGAUGUGUUGCUUCUUCUUACCCAUCUCUAGGCCUAUCCUUUUAGUCUCAGCUCUGCAUGUUUUUAUUUCAGGUGACUAGAACAGACUGUAUUCUCUCAGGUAGUGACAUUAGUGGUAUGUUCCCACCCAUCCGUUUUGCACCCUCCCACUCCCACUUGCUUCUUGGUUUUUAAAUGACUGCUUUUGCAUUCGGAGCUGGAGCUUUCCUUAAUGAACCCUCAGCACUGUUACUUGGCUCAUUGGUCAGCUGCACCACUUAAUUUAUUGCUCUUGAAAAUACAGACCCAGCUGGUUUUCCUACAGGCCUGUGUGCAUUUGCAUGUGUCAGGACAGAGUCUUCCCUGACCUCCUGCUGCUUUCCUGCUGAUGAAUUUUGAAUGACCUCUGACUUUUCUGUCCUGCAGAGAGUGAUUUUGUCACUGUUUACCCUGGGAAGGCAGUGGAGAGGGCUUGCUACGUUUUGAGUUGGCUGCCUAGAUUUAAGUAAGAUGAGGCUGUAAGCUGCCUGCUGGGGGGCAAGGUUAGGCCUUGGGGGUUUGAGGUGCUGUGAGUAGUGAGAGCUUGAAGACAGGGAGAGGCAAUUCUAGGAAGAUGCCUGGUCAACAUGUGAGUUUGCACAGUGAGGGGGAGGAGCCGCUUGCAUAAGAGAUUGGGGAUCCUUUGGGCUGCUUGUACCCACCAGCCUGUUGAGGAGGGAGGUGGGAUGCUCUGCAAAGUACGCUCAGUUGAACAAGGGGGAAGAUGCAGUGGGUGGGAGGGUGGCAGAGAGGUGACUAGAUGUGCAGGGGCUGAAAUGCCUUGGUUUCUUCCAGCCACCCCUCUUCUACCUCCCAUUCACCCUGUGGCAUGACUGCUCCACAUCUUCUGCCCAUCUGCUAUACGGGUCCUGGCGUGCUGCUGGCUCUUUAGCUCAUGUACUGUGUCUCACUUUUUGACUUGCUUCGGGAAGCACAAAAUGUGUCCUGUCAUCUGUUGCUUCUUCAGGUGCCAUCUGCCUGGUGGGCAACUCUGCCUGGGGGUUGGCUCUCCCCCACACCAGGUAGCCUUGUGCUGCUCCUGCCCUAGCAGCAUAUGUCAAAAAAGUUCCUUCCAGUAUUUGCAGUCCUCUGGCAAUUGCUAGUGCAGCUGAUUUGAUUGAGAGAACACCUCUCUUUGUAUCUUGACCACUCAUUUCCAAUUCAAAAUCUUUGUACAGUCCACCAUACCCAGCUGGCUUUCUGCGUUAAUGUCACUUUUCCCCAUCUCUUCUGAUCGAGCACCCUCUUUUCUCCUUUCAGGUUAAUCAGCAUUAAAUACUGGGGAAUCUCCUCAACAUCCCGUGUAAGAAAAAAGUAAUACCUGCUUGCUUGUGUCUCUUUUCUGCAGUGUCCCUGUCCCCACUAGCUGGUAUCCCACUCAACUAAAUGAUUCCCCAGAGGGUUUCUGUUUCUGAUAAACUGAAAAUGCCAUAUGUUUUCUGGGUUUUGUUUCGUUUAUCUUGGCCACAUACUGUCCCAGUUUCAUGACAGGCAUCCUCAUAUAAAUUUGUUCCCUACCGUCAAUAAUUUAUAUUCCUUUGUAUUGGUUCCUCCAGGAUUAUUUUUUCAUCUUCUGAAGGAUUAUUGAGGUUACAGAGAGAUUUGAAUAGGGACUGUGGUUUUGUAGUCUGUGUGUUUGGUGUCUAUGAUCCUCAGCAGAAGCCCUUGCAAGCUGUUGCACCUACAGCUGUUACCUGCGGUGUGACCUGUGUUGUCCCCCAAGCCUGUCCUCUGUGCUGUCAUUUGUGGGAGGUCUGCAUGCUCUGUCACUUAAGAUUUCCUAAAUAACCUUUCAUGACUAAAUUUUUUUUUUUAUUUUAUUCUUUUUACUUUGGACUCUCAGGACUAGUUUCUUUAUUUUGUGUGUUGGAAAUCCCCCACUAUAAAACUUAGUGUUGUGGUGUGUCUGUGCUUUCUGACCCUUGCCCUUUCCUCUGAAGGCACAGUAACUGGUGCUGCGUAAUGGCCCCUCACAUCGUUUGAAGCUGGUCCUUCUGAAGAGUCAAGGCAGGGUGUUUCCCUUGUCCCCCUGUGCUCGUGUUGGUUAAUCAUCUGGGACUCCUCUAGCACCGUAGUUCUGGAUGGAUUUUGUCUUAAGUAAAGUCGUGCAAAAACUGGGGAGUGCUGCAUCAGAACUUUUGAAUUUGGACCACUUCCAGUCCUGACAUCGAGAAACUCAUCCCUAUGGGUGGCAAAGACAAAGAGGCUGGAUGCAAAGGAGGAAGCAUGGUAAAGGCAGCGUCUUUCCAGGAUUCAUGGGCUCUUUGAGAGAUGAUCAGAGGGAGGCCAGAUGAUCUGCACAACACACACACCACUGUUUCUCGUCUGCAAAGGCAGCAUCGCAGCGUUCUCCCCAGCCCCGCGCCACCCGGCUUGCCCGAUCGUUUCCGGAUGUUUCGCAGCUGCGAGUGGGAAGUCCUGGAGCGAUCCCUCAAUAUCCUCCAGGCCAGUGACUUCUACUGGGGCCCCCUGUCUGUGGGGGAGGCUCACGCCAAGCUCCAGCGGGAGCCUGUAGGCACCUACUUGGUGCGGGACAGCUCGCAGGGGAACUGCUUGUUCAGCCUGAGCGUGCGGAUGCCCACGGGCCCCGUCAGCCUUCGAAUCUCUUUUCAGGAGGGCUAUUUCCGCCUCAAGAACUGGUUUUCAGACUGUGUGGUCCGGCUGCUGGAGCUGGUGGUGGCGGGGACCCGGAACAACCCCUUGCACUUUGAUGAGAUGGGGGGAACUCCCCUGGUCUUCUCUGAGCCCUUGUGCCGGAGCCGCCGGACAGUGCCCACGCUGCGAGAACUGUGCUGCCGGAGCCUCCCUGCUGGUGCCGUGACGGAGGGCAGAGCAGGGCUAGGGGGCUCCCUGGGGAUGUGUCUGAGGGAAGAGGUGUUCUCACCCCUGGACAGAAGGGGAGGGUCAGAGGGGAGUGUUGGCCCCAGCCCCUCUCUGUCCUGGGCUGGGAGAUGAUGCCAUGCAUAUGGGAGAUGAAGCGAGACGCCUCUUUUAUGGCUGCGCUGGUGGGAUAUGUGACACACCAGUGAGGCAGGACUGGCUGCUGGGAGAGAAAGGGGGAGGGCAGAGAGACUAGAGCUUGAACCCAGUGGCUGUGACAGAUGCGUCCUCAUACAUACACAGUGAGCGUAACUUUCCCCAGACAUGCCUGGGGUAAAGCCAGACUCGAAGAGCAGGCAUUUCCACUGCCACCAAGUCCUGCUCUUUUCUCCAUUUAUAACUUAAAAGCUUCAGAAAAAGGUGAAUUGUCUGUCCUCCCAGGUCAGCCCUAUGUUCUCUUCAACCCCUAAGUGCUUGAGCUCAUUUCUGCCUCAAAACUACCCUUGUGGAGUGCAGCUGAGUCCAGUCCCACAGCAGUGCAGCUUGGACAUCGAUGGGCAUGACCCUUGUGCUGACCCACCGAGCUGUGGUGGAGCAAGAGCACAUUUUACUUCUUGCAGCACAAAUGUGAUGCCUGUUACUUCAGAGGCCGGUGUUGUGCACAAAGUGAAACCAUUGCAGCCGUGUACGAUACAUGCAGCUUCACUGGCUUUUGCAUUGCUUCAUUUGAUUGGAUUUUUGAGAGUGAAGAUGGGUUAUGCUGUACUUAAGGGCAUGGCAUUCCUGCAGAGAUAACCCUGAUCUGGAGAGUUGUAUCUGCCCUGGGAGGGUGUGAAGAGAUGAUAUCCUGCACCCUUUCUUAAGCUCAUCUGAUAGUGUGCUGCUGCCAUCUGUCGAGCAUCAGAAGAUGUUUUGGUUUUGCCUCUGAAAAGGCAAGGAAUUUUUUAUAUAAAACUUCUAAAAUUUUAAUAAAAUUUUUAUAUUGAUUUUUAAAAGUCAGUGAAUACGUGGCAGUAAUUUCAUUCCCUUGUAAUGUUGGAAGCCCAGUUAGUUUAGUGUCCAGGCUUGGUAAUCAAACUGAAACUGAACAAG